GCCCUUGUUAAACCUCUCGGGUGGAUCAACAAUCUCCUGGGAAAAAUGGGACUAGAAAGCAAGAUGAUUGACAAGGCAAUUUCGGCCGCCAUGUUGGCAGAGCUGAAGCAGUGCUUCAUGGAGGCCUACGACGACAACAAAGAUGGCCGUAUUGAAAUCUAUGAGCUCGCCCAGCUCCUGCCCAUGGAAGAGAACUUUCUGCUGCUCUUCAGAGUGGAUAACCCGCUGGAGUCGAGCGUCGAGUUUAUGAGGUUAUGGAAGAAGUACGACAAAGACCAUAGCGGUUUCAUCGAAGCUGAUGAGUUAAGGCAAUUCCUUAAGGAUCUGCUCGGGGAGAGCCACAAAGAGGUCUCUGAGGAGAAACUUGUCGAAUAUACGUCAAUAAUGGUAAGCUAUAUAGGCGUAGGCAAAAGCGGUUACUCGCGCACACUCCUUCCCGUUAAGGAGAAUUUCCUCAGCAGACAGGUUUUCAAGGGCCCGACCAACCUGAGCAAGGACGACAUCCAGAGGGUGUUCAGCAUGUACGACAGGGAUAACAACGGCGUCAUUGAAGAGGAGGAGAUACACGGCUUCCUGAAGGAUUUGCUCGAAAUGGCGAAGGAAGAUUACGACACCGGCGACUUGGCGCAGUUCAAAGAUGUGAUCAUGCAGGCCGACAUCAACCACGACGGCAAGAUCAGCAGGUCAGAGUUGACGAUGGUUCUAAUGGCACUGGCGAAACGCGGGGCGGAAGAGGCGGCAGCGGGCAAGCCACCCCAGCCAGCCGCCAGCAGCUAAGCAUUUGGAGCGACCCCCCCGUAGCAGGACGACCCCCCCCUUACGCCACGCACUCUCUACACCGAGCAGACGAAACGGGAGUUUACUUAUUAGCAGCUAAGGCGGUGCGGCUCUGCCGGAGGACGCGUGCGCAGACACAGAGACGGCGCACACGUAAAGCGCACACACGACUUCUUCGCCUCGGUUUCGAAAGUUGGAGAAUCGGCAGUUGGGAGGUUUGUGUCGGAGAGGAUUGUCGUAUAUUCGCGCGGUAUAUUCUGCUACUGGUUCUCGGAGCGCGUGCGCAUCUUUUUAAUUGCAGUUUAGGUUUUCGGCCACCGAUGCGUGUCGCUAGUAUUAGCAGACGAUAGAGGCUCGCGGGGUUGUCGCGUUCUCAGCUGUCAACGCGAGAGAGCCGGACAGCGUUGGCUUGCCGCGCGAUCCUUUGCUCUUGCUACGGUAUUUUUUUUCGUGCGUGUGUUCGGCACGGACCAAUGAAUAUACACGAAACUUCUCCUUUCAUUCCAGAGCCUCUAAGAUAGGCGUUGCCUUAAAUGUAUUGAAGCCAUUCGGUUAUAGGUAUGUGUGUGUGUUCGUGUCUCUAACAAAAAUGUACAAAAGUUCCACGAAACUGUGACGUGUUUAUUUAUAUAUAUAUAUAGGAGGUAGUUGAACUAGCGAACGUAAAACCUUACAUCCAUCCGCGCGUCAUGUUAAUCAUUGCACAGAUUUAGGCGAUGUAUAAUAUAGUUUAUGCUCGCAUGCUUCUUUAUAUCUUGCUUGCGAUUCGUCAUGGUUCCUCAACGAAAACUUGCGUAUGGCUGGAAGCAUUGUGUGGGGUUGCCAGCGCAAUGAUCGAUCAUAUAUAUGUCACAAAGAACGGAAAGUGAGUCGCUUUUCUCGAUCCAAGAUAUCCUAUAUUUGCUGACGUAUGAGAAAAAGAAAGAAAAAAAAAGAGAG